UAAAAUUUCAAAAUUCAAAAUAACAUUUGACUUUUGUGACCUUUUAAGUAAUAAUGUAAAACUCAGGAAUAGAAUUGUCAAUAAAUUUAUUAUGUUUUACACAAUUUAAACUGUACAUUAUAAAUUAUACUGUGAUACAGAUUAUAUUUUAAAUUAUAAGGUUUUACUUUUAUGUGCAGAGAAGAUCAAAAUAAGAUGUUCAAAGUAGUCUCCUGUUCAAUAAAACCUUUGUACAAAUCGCCGAAAUCAAUUGUAAAAAUGAGUGUUAGAACUGCAUCAUGUGAUAAUAAAGGAAAUAAAGGAAAUUCUAUAGAAAAAAAAUUUGGGCUGCCCAAAAGAUAUGCAGGAAGCAAAGAGAGUGUCUGGACUGAAUAUAUACAAAUGGCAAUUGAUCUUAAACCUCUCAACCUGGGACAAGGGUUUCCAGAUUUUCCUGCCCCACAGUACAUAAUGGAUGCUUUAGCACAAGUUUCAAAUAAAUCAGAUUAUAUGUUGCACCAAUACACCAGAGGAUUCGGUCACCCUCGAUUAGUGAAGGCUCUAGCAAAGUUCUAUUCUAAAUUAAUAUGUAGAGACAUUGAUGAAAAAAAUGAAGUUAUUACCACAAUAGGAGCAUAUGAAGCACUACAUGCUGCCAUUAUGGGUCAUACUGAUGUUGGUGACGAAGUAAUUAUCAUAGAACCUUUUUAUGAUUGUUAUGAACCUAUGGUUAAGUAUGCUGGUGGGAUCGUUAGAUAUAUUCCGUUAAGAUUGAAACAACCCGCUGAUGGCAGAUUACCUACUUCAGCGGAUUUUACCCUAGAUAAAAAGGAAUUGGAGGGCUUAUUUAAUGAAAAAACCAAAAUUAUUAUAAUCAACACACCGAACAAUCCCCUAGGCAAAGUCUUCACUGAAGAAGAGUUGACUCAUAUAGCCGAUCUGUGUAAAAAAUGGAAUGUAUUGUGUAUCUCUGACGAAGUAUAUGAGUGGAUAGUGUACAAACCGAAUAAGCAUGUGAGAAUAGCAAGUUUGCCUGGAAUGUGGGAGAGGACAAUAACUAUUGGAUCUGCCGGCAAGAGCUUUAGCGUAACUGGAUGGAAGUUGGGUUGGGCUUAUUGCCCUGCAAAUUUAAUGAAAAAUCUACAAAUUAUUCAUCAAAACAGUGUAUAUACUGGUGUAACUCCAAUACAGGAAGCUUGCGCCAUAGGAUUUGAAAAAGAAAUGGAACGUUUCGGAACUGACGAAUGUUUCUUCAUGCAGCUACCCAAAGAAAUUGAAACUAAGAGAGACUAUAUGGCAAAAUUCUUGUGUGAUGCAGGAAUGAAACCUGUUAUUCCAGAAGGUGGAUAUUUUAUGUUAGCUGAUUGGACGCCGUUAGAAUCAAAAAUUGACAUGAAUUCAGAAAGUGAUCCGGGAAGAGACUAUAGGGCCACCAAGUGGAUGACAAAGAAUAUUGGUUUACAGGGAAUUCCACCAUCAGCAUUUUAUGGACCAGAUCAUAAAAAACUUGGGGAACCAUUUAUUAGAUAUUGUUUCUUAAAGAAAGAUGAAAAUUUACAGAAAGCAGCCGCUAUUCUGAAGAAAUGGAAAGAUGGUUUUUAACAAAAAUUCUGUUAUAAUCCAAAGAGAUUUUGUGAUGAGACAAAAUUUUAUGUAAAUGUAUAAUAAAAUUGUUGUUUUU